AUGAAAAGUAUUAUUACAUUAAGUAACUUACCUCUAGACCCACCCCUUGGAUGUUCCGUUACUGAUGAUGUCAGAACUGUUGCUCAAAGAUUUAAGAAACUAAAAGUUCAUUGUUUGUUGGUUUAUUCUCAAAAUAAAGUUCUAGUUGGUGUUAUUACCACCAAAGAUUUAGCAUUUCGUUCUAAUUUAAAUAGCAACGUUAAAAUUAAAGAUAUCUACACAAGAAACCCAUUGAUUAUAGAUGAUCACACGGAACUCAUAACGGCUUUAAGGAUCAUGUGUCAGAAGAAAAUUAGACAUUUGAUUAUCAAAAAUAAUAAAGCUAAUAAUCACGAAGAUAUUGUAGGUAUAUUUGAUAUUACUAAAAAUUUAAAAAAAGUAAUCCCCAGUUUAGAUAGAUUUGAUUAUAAUUAUUCACUAAAAAUGGUCCUUCAAGAUGGUCAUUAUUUCACUAAGCCAGUGAUUAUAGGUCUAGAUUCCACCAUAUCUGAGGCAUUGGCUUUAAUGCGAAAAUAUAAUACCACUGCUAUUUUGGUGAAGGAUGUUGUCAAUAAUACCAAUGCUGAAUAUGCUCACCAACUUUUAGAUUUUAAUAUUAUUGGUAUUUUAACCAGCAAAGAUAUUGUUUAUAGAGUGCUAGUUGACCCAGAUAUUGAGCCUAGUAUAAGUAAAAUCACGAGGGUUAUGACCAUUAGACCAAAUUUUGCUUACAGUUCAAAUUUAGUAUCGGAAGCAUUGCAAAUGAUGUUUAAGGGUAAUUUUCUAAACUUGCCCGUUAUUGACGAAAACGAACAGGAUAAAUUGAUAGGAAUGGUAUCUGUUUUACAACUAACACAUGCAGAAAUAAUUGCUAGAGAAAAGGAAGAAAAUGAUCUUUAUUGGGAAACUUUCAAAAACGCCCUACAAUAUCCUGUUUUUUUAGUUUUCAAGAUUUUUAAUUGCGACGAAACAAGCGAACACAAAAGGAGUUUGAAGAUAGAAAACAGAAUUAAAACUAUUCGAAUUAUGUAUGAUGAGAAAGAAAAUAUAUUUGCCCAGCUAAAUACUCAGUUGAAAAGUUGCAACAUCACAACGGAUAACAUGUAUUUUUAUAUUUCCGAAACAAAAAGUGUUAAAAUAUCGAGCGAUAGGGAUUUGAAACAAUGUCUACUGGAAAAACAAACGUCGUUUGCUUUAUAUAGGCAUAAUCUAAUAAUAGAGUUAUUGAUUGUGGGAAAUGGAAAUAAAGUAAAAGAUCAACCUAAUAAUCAACCACCCCCAUUUACCACCAAGGAUCACAAAGAAUCAGCAAAAGACAGUAAACAAGAGACAAAAAAUAAACCUGUAGCAUUGAAAAUGGUGACUAAUUUUUUUAAAAAAAUUAAAAGUAAUCAUAAUCACAAUGGUAGUAAUUAUUUAUUUAUAAACUACACCAUGUUUUUCUUUCUUGGCUUUUUCGUUGGUAGAAAAUUAAAAAUAUAA